AUGGCUCUUGUAUCUUAUGAUUAUGAUAGCACAAGCGAAAACGAAGAAGAGGAAAUCCCUAUUUCUAGUGCUGUUAUCCUUCCAAAUAAAAAUGUAGAACUGGAACCCCAAGCCAAAGAUAUUCUGACAAAAGACAUAACACCUGAUAUCAGCAAUAAAGCUGUUGAGGAAAAUAAAUACUCAAAUCAAAAUAGCUUAUUUUCAGCCCUGCCUGAAUCUAAAACUGUAGAUAAGAACAUAAUAGAAGAGCAAAUAGAGGAUUUUAUCCCAAAACCUACCGCAAUUAAAAAAGAAAAACAAAAAGUUAAAAUAAGGAUUCCAUCUUUAUCACAAUACCAAGAUUUAGAUGAUGAACCUGAUACAAAGAAAUUGAAAUCUUCAGCGAAAGGCAGUGGGUUAAUUUCAAUAUUACCUCCUGUUAAAGGAUAUGUUAAAUCAGUUACUAGCUUUGUACCUAAAGUUAUUGCUGACAAAGCUAAAGCUACAGUUUCUAAUUCUAGUACAAACCCUCUCCUUCCAGACAGUGUUAGAAAAAAAGCAGAAGCUAAAAAAGGUGCCAUUGGUAAAAAAGCAAUUCAAAAAGUGAAGGUUGUUUUAAGUGAUGCUGAAAGUGAUGAUGAUUUGGAUGUUCCAGAAACAUUUGAUGAUGAAAUGUGGGAAAAAGUAUGUGGUAGACCUAAAAACAAGCCAGUUAUUCAAGAGCCACAGUAUGAAGAUCAACAAGAUAUACUUAACAUUGCUCCAGAACCUGAAAAACCUUAUGAAGGCCUCGACAAUAGGGCAUUUAAAGAACUUGUUGGUAAAUCUAAAAGACCCCUUGGUAAUAUUAAACUGAUUGAUAUUAAUGAAGAAGAAAUAAUGGCAGAUAAAGAUCUUUGGAUGGCUAAGUCUAUGACUGAUCCAGAAAUGGCCCCCAGGGCUGUUAUUGAUGAUCCAGUUGACCCCACAAGGAGAAAGAAACACCAUAUUACUUAUUUAGCACAACAAGCUAAGGCUAAUGAGCAAGACUUGAAAAAUUCAUGGGCUAUUAGUAAGAAUAACAGAAUGGCAAGCUUCCAAACAAAGAUGCCACCAAAACCAAAAUUGUUCAAAAACAAAAAUCCAACAAAACCUCCAAAAAUCAAUCAAGAAAAUUUGCCACAACCAAGCACAAGUCAGACCAAUUCUAGCACAGAAAUAAUUCCAAAUCAAGAACAAUUUGAGUCUGAAUUAUGUUGGUGUAUUCAACAACUUCGAACAGUUUUAAUUUCAGGAAAAUUAAAUAAUAAGCAAGUUCAAGAUUACUCAAAAGCACUAAACACAUUAAUGAGUAAUACAGCUCCAAUAGUAAAGAAAAGACAAGUUAUGAGGUUGUCUUUUGGAGACUAUAGAGAAAAGAUGGCAGCAGAAGAAAAAAGGAUGUCUAAAAAUGCCACCAAUAUGAAACUGAAAUCUGCCACACCAAAUAAGAAAACGAUAUUUUUGAAGAAAAGUUUCUUCUCUUCUGCAGUAGAUAAUAAUUUUAAAUUUAACUUUACUAUCCAAGACGGAAAAAUAGAAGAAAACCCGUGUUCUAGCCUUAGUGGACACUUUAAAAUUUUGUCAUUUGUAUCAACACUAUCAACUGCUUAUCAGUAG